UGUAUUUAUAUUUGAAUAUUCAGUCGUCUGUACCGGCAGCGGUUAAGCAGCAUUAAAGGGAAGAAACCGCGUUUUUAUCCUUUUUAUUCACUGAAAAAGCUUUUGAUGUACAGUAGUAAUAUUAAUCGCUCAAAUAAACCGUCAUGGAAUUUUUCCACAUAUUCUACACCGUACUAAUCGGUUCGUCAUUUGUCGCUGCAGCACCGGCAAAAAUCGACGCAAGACCACCAAUUGACCCCACUUGUGUCAAUUCCGUGGUUGUUUCUUCCCAUCCAGCGAAAUGUUUUGAGACUAUUCAAGAAAAUGUCGACAAAUCUGAGGAGUUGCAAAAUCUAGAUGAACCAAUUCUUUUUGAAGGAGAUAUUGCCGGAAUUAUUGCACCAGGCGACACAAUUGCCGAUUUGGAAACUAAACUAAGCGGUCUUAGCAAAGGUGGUGUUUUAUCACACCAACGGUGGCCCGGCGCCUGGAUGUAUUAUGACAUAUCCUCUGCUUUUACUGCGGCCCAGCGAGACAUCAUCCUGAGCGCUAUGCGGGAAUUCGAAAGCAAAACGGAUACCGUGCGGUUCUUCCAGCGUACAACCGGCAUAUCGGAUUACAUUAACAUUCUCAAAGCUCCAAGUGCUGAUAAGUGCUGGAGCAUUAUCGGUAAGCAGGGCGGAGCCCAGACGCUAUACUUGGGAAACAACUGCGUCUACUUCGGAACUGUCGUUCACGAACUGAUGCACGCGAUUGGAUUCUGGCAUGAACAAGCGAGAAACGAUCGGGAUACUUAUGUGGAAAUAAAUUGGAAUAAUAUUAAUAAAGAAGAACAGUAUAAUUUCAACAAAUAUGCCGCCAGCUCCAUGGACAUCUUCGACACCGGUUACGACUUCGGCUCCAUUAUGCAUUAUCCCAAGUACGCCUUCGCCGUCAACCCGUCCACUUGGACCAUCCGGCCAAAAUCCCCGUGGCAGAACUCGGAGAUUGGACAGACCCGGGGUCUGAGCGCGACGGAUAUCAAGGAGAUCAAUGGCAUGUACCCUCUGUGUGCCACCCUGUGGGUGGAUCCCAGCUACACCGGGCAGAGUCAAGUGUACGUCCGUGGAUUGACCUCCAAUCUCCAUGCCAGUCUGCAGGAUAAGUUGAGUUCGGCGAAAGUGACCUUAGGCUGUGCACUGACCAUCUACGACCGGGUGAAUUCCCAGGGCACGUCCACGGUGUUCAAGCCGACGCAGGAGGGCUACGUGUACUGGUCGUUCGAGGGCAAGACGUGGGAUAAUGCUGCGCGGUCUAUUAAAUGCACCUGUGUGUGAAUUGUACACUAAAUUUAUGGACAAACGUGAAAACGGCAGUAUUUUCGAAAAUUGUUGUGCUACUUUGUAAAAACAUUUUAACUUGCUGAAAGUAUACCAACAUAAUGGUUGAUCCUUGCAUUGCAAAUGAAGUCAGAACGUA